UAACCCAAAAUAUUAUAUUUAUGAAAACAACGAAACGAAGCCAACUCUUAGUGAAAUGAAUAGGAUCGGAUUUCUAUACAUAGUCAUAUAAGAGUACUAUCACUGCAACAAAAACUAGCUUUUGCAACCAAAAAUUGUACAACCAAACUAAAAUUGGUUGUGAAAAGGGUAGUAUAUACAACCAAUUAUAUUUGGUAGCUAAAAUAAUAAAAAUCUGGUUGUCUAUUAAAGUCAAAAUAUUGAUAACCAAAUAAAACUUGAAGAGACCAAAUGAUUUGGUAGCAAAAUUAUUUUUAGUUUUUCCAACCAAAUAAUCGGUAGCACAUUGAUUUUUACUUUCUCCAACCAAAUAAUAUUGGUUGUGAAUUUAAGCAAGAAAUUUGAAAAUCUUAGAUAACUAAAUAAUUUGGUUGCAAAUUCAAUAAUAAAUUUACAGCAAGUAAAUUAUAUGGUUGUCAUAGUAGUCUAUAAAAAUGUAGGUACUAUUCUGACUAUUAUUAAAACUUAGGGGCUGUCAUAGUAAUUUUGAACAAAACAAUCCAAUAUUGGCGUUCACUAUUAAGUCUCUCGACAGAUCCUUUGUCAGAGGUGAAUUCGGUCCCAUCCAAGUGGUCGGGUAAGAGACAAGGUUUUGGUAAUUCAAUUCCAUCCGAUUUCUCCUUCUCCUCUUAUUCUUCUGUCUCCUCGAUCAUGUCGAUUCCAUUCGGUUUCUUCUCCUCUUCUUCUCGAUUUCGAUUCCGAUUUCGAUUCUGACUCCAACUCCUCCUCUUCUCCAGUCUCCAGAAGAAUCACGGUUUCAAGCAAGCAAAGAGUUCAUCUGCUUCGCGCAAUAAUUCCUCCCUCACGAUCGAUUCUCAAAAGGUAACUUCAGAUCCUAGCUUAUUUCUGAUCUCUCUCUAAGCUGAACUACUUCGAAAGUCGGUUGGAAUCCCAUUUUCACUUUUGAGCUGAGUCAAAUUCAAGAGGCACUUCGAAUCUCUAUUGUGGAUUUGAAUUUAUCUCGGGUGGUCGGCGUACCUUGAUUUCGGAUUUGAACUAGAUUUGAACUUGAAUUCGAUUUAGUCGGUAUAUUGCCGAUUUACUUGUUUGAGAUCAGAGAAGUGAAAGUGAACUUGGAUUCCAUUUAGUCACAAUGCAUUUCUCUAUAUUAGAGUGUUUAAACUUCUUUGUUAAGACUUGGAAGGCAUUCUUCCAGACUUGAAAGGCAAACUUCUCUGGCUUGCGACCAGUUUCAUGUUGCAGUAGUAUUGUCGCUUCAGCUGCUUGUUUUGCAUUGCUGGCCACUGAGGUUAAUAUAAUACUUACCCCCAUAAGGUUUUAGAGCAUCCAACAAGUGGAACUUUUGGUGCGCCUGUCCUGGAUUCAUAAACGUAUAUGACUAUAUGUUACUGUUCGUUUCUUUAUAGCUUCAUUAAUGAUUCUUGUGUUUUAUUAUUUUGGUUUGUUUGAGUUAGAUCAUAGACUUGGAUGGCUUAGCCUUGCUGCCAGUAUUGUGGCUGAUAAUGUUGUGUAAUAGUGAUUAACAAGUUUAAUUAGUUAGACUACCUUCUUGUUAAUAUUACAAGGAAAUAGAUCCCAGAUGUAAUGGUUUGAUGAUAUCUAACUAGAAUAGUAUAGUCCGUCGAUACAUAAUCCUUUUAUUAUGAUGCUAAUUUGUUCCAUUUCUCUUAUACAGGAUAAGUUGAACAUGGCACUCUAUAUGAAACUCCAAAGUCAGCAGGGCAACAAAGUCUUUGCUUCUUCUUCGAAACAAUCUACUCAACCUAAUGUUUCAAAGAUGUUCAAGGUUUGUCCAAACAGUGGACCUUCAGAAGUUGUACUUGAUGAUCCAAAUGAGAAGAAGAAGACGAAGAAGAAGAAGAAGAAGAAGAAGAAGAAGAAGAAGAAAACUAGAGGCUUGCCUGCUUCUUGGUACCAGUCUGCCCAACCUAAUAUUUCAAAAAAGCUCAAGUCUCCUGCCAACUACAUACCUCCAGAAGAAGACAUUCUUAAUGAAUUCGAGGUAGAAGAAGAUAGGAUGUUUUCUUCGUCUGAGAAUGAAAAUCCAAAUCAUCAAAAGAAGAACAACACUAGAGGCCCCACCCGAGGUUUGGAUACUGUCAAGUUGGCUGCUGCCAUGGGUAAGGAGAAGCUACCUAUCAAGAUCGACGUUAUGCAAGGUCGACCAACUAACGGUGUCCAAUCUGCCAAGCUGUCUAGUGAGCUUGGUCUGAUCAGCCGAGAGUUUUUUGAUGAGAUGCCGAUUUGCUAGACCCGAGAGUUCAAGAAGAAUCAUUUAACAUCUGCCUAUGAUAGACUUGGUGUAAGUACUAUUAGUUUCCUAUUCUAUUAGCUUUUAUGAUGUCACAUUACUGACAUUUUAUGUUCCAUUUUUUCAUAACAGAUGCAACUAGAAGUGGAGGAUAUUGAAGAAGAACCUGUUCAGGAUUCUAUCAAUGAGUUGCUACAAAGGCAGUGCAAGCAACAACGUCACCGCCUGAAGCAAAUCUUUAUGAACUGUCCAUUGAGUGUUGUUUGCAGGAUGCAGAAGUUCCAUGGCAUUUGAUUGCGAUUGCAGCCUUCUUUGCAUUGAUCAAAUUGAUAAUAAUUAGUGUUUAGGUUAGGAGAACAAGCUUCUUUCUUGAACCUACUGGUUAAGGCUUCCUUGUAUGAUAGAUAGAUGAUAUGCUUCUUUCUAUGUUUGUUUAUAGCAUGAGAAUUGAUGUACGUUAGGGAAGUGGCUUCUCUUAAGGGGCAUGUACUUUUGAAGAAUUUGAGAGAUGCAUUAGAAUCUUUGAGAGGACGUAUGGCAGGGCGAAACAAAGAAGAUGUUGAGCAGGCUAUCUCUAUGGUAAGUAUGGCAGGGCGUAUGUUCUCUUUUGAUGCAUCUGGGUUUCCAUUGCAUCUAAAUGCUCUAUUUGCUGUUGGUAACUGACACUUACUGCAAAUUGCAGGUGGAAUUAUUGGCUGUGAAGUUGACUCAAAAAGAAGGUGAAUUAAUUCAAGAGAAGUUUGAAGUGAAAAGCUUGCAAACUUCCUUAGACAGGUUCCCUACUGUUUUUUUUUUUUUUUUUUUGUCAGUCUGUUGAGAAUUAUUAUGUUAAAAUUUAAAUGAUCUUGUUGUUUUCUACUUUAGAUUAUGGUUACCUGGGAUGGAACAGAGUGGAAGUCAUAAGGAUUGAUGUAAGUACUUAUCUCUAACCGGAUGCUUUAAUUUUUGUUUACAUUAUUUCCUUGGGACCGAAAAAAACAAACACAUAGGCUUAGUCCCUAAUGUUCGGUUCAACAUAACCCCUGCUGAUGGUGGAUUUGAGAGUGAAAUGACAGUACGGGAGCAUUUUUAUAGUUGAAAUGUCUUGAUGUGCAAGGAUGCCAUAUUUCUCUGCUAUGGAAUUCCAGCUAGAUAUCGAUUUUCCCCUAAAAUCAUCACCAUAGACCUGUCAACCACUAGCGUAGUGUUUAGAAUUCUAUUUCAACUAGUGGUCUGAUUGUAAUUGUGAUUGUAAGUAAUUCAAGCUCUUUAUCAUUUUCAGUCUUAAUAGCCUUUUCAAUUAGCAACAUAAAACUUGGGCUAAUGUAGGACUAGAGAACUUAGCUGAACUAGAUCAGAGGAGACAAAGAUGCUCCAAUCAGAGCUCGUCAUGAUUGUAGUCCCGUUUCUAACUAACAAUUUUGAUUGCAGUGGGCUAAGGUAUUAUAUGCACAUGCUUUCUCUGGUUUCGAAGAUGUUGGAUUGGAUGACAAGGUAUUGUUUUUCAUUUCUUGGAAAGAUACCCUUUUCAUAUCACUGGGUUGUAAAAUAUAAAUAAAAACAGAAGAAUGUGGUAUUGUUUUCAUGAAUGUGAAUGUCAUCCUGUUGGUGGAGCAUAAACAUUGGAGCCUACUGAUUUUGGUUUAUUUGUGUAUCUGUUUUGUAGUAAAAGUAGUAGGAUCUCGAGAGGAGCUUCAUAAUUUAAUGGUGAAUCAUGAACUGAGAUGAUCAAUCAUGGAAGCAUGGGAACUUAGAAAUCUAUAAUUCCACUGAUUGUCAAGGUGAAUCCGAAUCUUGUGAUUUGCUUGUCCCGAUGUGUUAGAAACAAGGUUUCUAACAGGUUCGCGAUUGGGGAAUUUAGCUAGAUCAAUUAGAUCUAACUAGGGAUUGGGAAUUGGGGAUUUAGAACAAAGAAGAGGGGAGGGAAGGUUUGAUGCUGCCGCAGCUUUUGGAAGAGAAGAGGGAGAGGGGAAACGUAGGAGAAAGGGAGAGGGAGAAAGAUUAGGUUUUAGGUUUUUUUUUUCUGUAAUUGCUUAAUGAAAAAUAAGACCGCUACUAUUGAUUAUAUAGUCUGCAUAAUUCCUAUCUUCUACCCAAAUAAUAAAACGUAACAAUUGAC